CGGCUGAAUCAUCCCACACUGGCUGCAGCUGUCCUCUUAGUCUAUCUCUCCAUCAUCCAGGCCUGCCUUAGCACAUUGAUCUGCCGCUUCACAUUAGCUACAUUAGCUGCAGCCUCCCCUGUGUGAGUCAGUCUCGCAGGACACAGACAGCAGGCUGAGCAGCGGCCAUUCGGAUGGGUACCGUACCCACUUCACUGAAGCACUGUUUGAGCCAUGAGCAACUCAUCCAGGACUACCCAUGGCUGACACGCUGGCUGCAGGAGGAGAAGACAAUCACAGGUCAUGAGUAUCCAGAGUUUGUUAAAAUUGUUGAGGUUGGGCCCAGGGACGGGCUGCAGAAUGAGAAGGAAAUUGUCCCAACAGAGAUGAAAAUCCAGCUGAUAGACAUGCUGUCACAAACGGGCCUGCCUGUUAUCGAGGCCACCAGCUUUGUCUCUUCAAAGUGGGUGCCGCAGAUGGCAGACCACAGUGAUGUUCUUAGGGGAAUUCAGAGAGCACCGCAUGUUCAGUACCCUGUUCUGACACCUAACAUGCAAGGUUUCCAGGAUGCUGUUGCAGCUGGCGCUACUGAGGUGGCGGUGUUUGGGUCAGCAUCUGAAACCUUCAGUAAAAAAAACAUCAACUGCUCUAUUAAUGAAAGCAUGCUCAGGUUUGAGGAAGUCGUCAACAUGGCCAAAAAGCGACACAUACCAGUUCGUGGGUAUGUUUCUUGUGCUCUGGGAUGUCCACAUGAAGGACACAUUGAACCCUCCAAAGUUGCUGAGGUGGCAAAGAGGUUAUAUGAAAUGGGGUGUUGCGAGAUUUCCCUGGGGGAUACCAUUGGUGUCGGUACUCCAGGCUCCAUGUUUCAGAUGCUGCAGACUGUGAUGAAGGAGGUGCCCACCAAAGCUCUCGCAGUUCACUGCCAUGACACCUACGGACAAGCACUGCCCAACAUCUUAACUGCUCUUCAGAUGGGGGUCUGUGUGGUGGACUCCGCAGUGGCCGGCCUGGGAGGCUGCCCGUAUGCUCAGGGUUCGUCUGGCAACGUAUCAACAGAGGAUGUUCUCUACAUGCUCCACGGCAUGGGUAUUGAAACAGGGGUGAACCUUGCCAAAGUAAUAGAGGCCGGUGAGUUUAUCUGCAGCACUUUAUGCCGCAAGACAAACUCCAAGGUUGCUCAGGCCAGAGGUAGAACACUGUGAUGCCGUGAUGUGUUUCAGUGAAGAUGAAGCGCUUCCCCGUUGUUGCUGCCUUUUAAAACGUGUCGUCAAUGCUGAAGUGCUCUCUUGCUUCCUUUGUGUGAACUUCGCAAGGUCUCUUAAGCGAUACUCAACCAUCAUUAUGAGAUUUCUACAUCUGUGUUAAAACUACUCCUUUUAGUUUCUGCUACUUGCUGAACUGCAUUAAUUGACACCACGUUUCAUUUGAAGGCUUUUCAGUUUUUCCUUCACUGACAUUCAGACUAAAUCACUUUACAAGAGGCUCUGGGGAGAUGAUUUGCUGUAAUAUGUGCCACAUGAUUGUUUUCUCUCUCCCCCAUUUAAAAAACUUCAUCUGUCUCUCCUGUCUGUUUUUAUGCUUUUCUGUUUGCGUAACAGAACAACAGAAAAUUGAACUAUAAAUAUCUAUGUAUUUUAAUCUGAAACAAGAUGAUUAAAAAAAAUGAAAACCA